CCUAAUCAGUCAAAAAAAUCUAAUGAGUUACUAAUGAGCAGGAAAAAGGAAUCUACUAAGUUACUAACCAUUACAAGGAGAUAACUGAACGGUCAAGGCUCCAGUUCAAAUCUUUAUUUCACUCAAAAGGAGAACUUCAAAACUGAAACAUCUGCAGAUUGUGCUCCAUGGAUUCUUCACAUGACCACCAUCACACCCAUGACCAUGAACAUGACCACCAGCAUCACCAUCAUCCUAAUGAGAAAACAAGUUGGCUCGGGGCAGAUGGAAGAGUGUACCAUAGUCAUGAUGGAUUGGCACCUCACUCUCACGAACCCAUUUACUCUCCUGGCUUCUUUAGCAGAAGAGCUCCUCCGAUUCUUACUAGGGAUUUUAGUGAAAGAGCUUUUACUGUUGGUAUUGGUGGCCCUGUUGGUACUGGGAAAACAGCUUUAAUGUUGGCAAUAUGCAAAUUCUUACGGGACAAGUACAGUCUUGCUGCAGUGACAAAUGAUAUAUUUACUAAGGAGGAUGGUGAAUUCUUGAUUAAGAAUGGGGCACUUCCUGAGGAAAGGAUACGCGCUGUGGAAACUGGAGGCUGUCCACAUGCUGCAAUUCGUGAAGAUAUCAGCAUUAACCUUGGCCCUCUCGAGGAGCUCUCUAAGUUAUUUAAAACAGAUAUAUUACUUUGUGAAUCUGGUGGAGAUAAUUUAGCUGCCAACUUCAGCAGAGAACUAGCUGACUAUAUCAUAUAUAUAAUAGAUGUUUCUGGUGGUGAUAAAAUUCCUCGGAAAGGUGGCCCUGGCAUCACUCAAGCUGAUCUUCUUGUUAUAAACAAGACUGACCUUGCUUCAGCAGUUGGAGCUGACUUGACAGUCAUGGAGCGUGAUGCAGUUCGUAUGCGGGAUGGUGGGCCGUUCGUCUUUGCUCAGGUGAAGCAUGGAGUGGGUGUAGAGGAAAUUGUGAACCAUGUUUUACAGGCCUGGGAAGUGGCAACCGGGAAGAAGCAGCAUUGACCUGUACCUCUGAAAGUUGCCUUAGCACAUCCUAUUUCUCAUGUUAUCUACUCGUUUAGGUUGGGUUGUUGCAGAAGUAAACCUGUAUUCAGCAAUAAAAGUGAAUUCAAUCUGCUUGGUUAUUGAGAAAUGUGGUGAUAAAGGGAGAGUGAAAUUUGUGAUAAUCCGUAACUGAUUCUUAAUAGCACUCUUUCAGAGCCUGUAAUAUAACCAGAUUAGUCAAGAGGAUUCUGGGUCAAAUUGCUAAUAAUGAUGCUAUGUUUUGUUUAA